AAAUAAAUCAUCUUUCACUUCCGGUUGAAGUGACGUAAGUAUCGUGGGCGGAGUCCUUCGUCAGUGUCAUUUUCAAGAUGGUGUACGUGUCCAACGGUCACGUCCUGGGCAACAGGUUCCAGUCGCCAUGGCGACUGUCCUUCCUGGUUGAUCUUUUCUGGGUAGCAGUGGAUUUCAUUGUCCUGUUUUUUAAGACCUUGGUUCAGCCUGAUCUGACAAAGGAUGGGAACCCGGAUUCAUCACACUUCUCUGAUGGUAGAGGUCCUCCAGGUCCUCCCGGCGGCAGACGGCGGAUGGGGAGAAUCAACCAUGGCAGUGGUCCCAAUGCGCCCCCUAUGGGUGGAGGAGGAUGAGGAAGGUGA